CCCAUUUCGUCUGUCCUAGCGCCCUUGGUAAGUCCGGAUACAUCCCCGGUCCCCUCGCUUCUACAUAUAUCAGCCUGCAAUGCAAGCUGGGGAAUCCAAGAUGGCUGACACCGAGAAGAAGGAGAUCCAAGACACAGUUAUGGAAGACGUUAGUUAUCCUCCUCCAAAAGACAAGGAACAGCAAAAAAUGUUUUCUUUGAAGAAAUGGAAUGCCAUAGCAAUGUGGUCGUGGGAUGUAGAAUGCGAUACUUGUGCUAUUUGUAGAGUUCAAGUUAUGGAUGCUUGCUUGAGAUGUCAGUCAGACAAUAAACAAGAAGAAUGCGUUGUUGUCUGGGGAGAAUGUAACCAUUCGUUUCACAACUGCUGUAUGUCUCUAUGGAUAGUUCAGAACAAUAGGUGUCCACUGUGUCAGCAAGAAUGGGUUGUCCAGAGGAUUGGAAGAUGACUAAAUCACAGACARCAUAGCAUGGACUUGAAAUUGAAAUAUACAACACAUUUGUUAAACUUUUUUAUCUCAGGAAAAGAUAAGAAUUGUUUAAAUAUGUUGAUGAUAUUUGAGAAAAAUUGAUUAAUCAUAAAGGAAUAGAAAACAUGCACGCAUGCAUGCUGUGUGCAGUUAUAUAGCACACAAGGGUUGGCAGAACCCUUGGCACAACCUGUAGCCAAGUGCUUCUUGACACUUCUCAAGAGUGUUCUGCCAAUCCCCAACUGCUUUUUAACUCCAUACAGCAAAGCAGGUUUUUUUCUUUUAUAAAAUACAAAUAAUAUUACAUUAACUGGUACCGUUAUUCUUGAUGGUAAUGAUGCAACUCACCUGUGCUGUGUGCUCUUAUAAAGCACACGCUCACAACCAAUCCGAAAUCACUAUGCAACUUUUUUUCCAGAUAGAGGCAUUACGAACUUAUUUCAUUUAUGGUCAUCAUGCCUCACAWGCAGGGCUURAAAUAAUGGCCUCUAAUACUAGGGAAAUGUCUAGCCAGAAUCGAAACUUUGUAACUUUGAGGCAGAAACUAGGUAUGGCAGAAAUAAAAGAAAAUUGGCUGGUCAUCAUGUCGUUCGACUGACUGGCCAUAAUUUUAAGCCUUGA